AUGGUCAGACAUGUUGCCGUCAUACAAGGCUCUAGCCGAGGACUCGGACUUGCAUUCAGCCGUCACUUGCUCAACAAUACCCGCCUGCACGUCGUCGGCACCUCCCGAGACCCAGAAAAGGCUCGUCAUGCUAUCCUCAAGGAUGGCGACAAGUCACUAGAGAAGCGAUUGACCACGCUCGAGCUCGAUGUCCUCAACGAGGGAACAAUCUCUGCUGCUGCCGAGAGCGUCAAGUCAUCCCAGGGAGCCGAGUGCCUCAGGUUGCUCAUCAACGUGUCUGGCAUACUCGACAAGCCAGAGAAGUCGAUCAUGAAGCUCGACGCAGACACCUUGCGACGGACGUUUGAGAUCAACACGUUUGGCCAUCUGUUGACCUUCAAGCACUUCCUGCCGCUCCUCCCAACAAAGAAGGAGGCCAAGCAAGACGGCUCUGAAGAUCUUGCAGAGGGUCUGCUCAAGCCUGAUCUCUCAGUGAUGGCGAGUAUGAGCGCUCGCGUCGGCAGCAUCGCAGACAACAAGAUGGGCGGCUGGUAUUCCUACCGAAUGUCCAAAGCAGCCGUCAACCAGGCUGUACAGACGCUCAACAGAGAGCUUUCCAGUCGAUCAGUCGGCUCAAGCAUCGCACUCGCCCUCCAUCCUGGCACCGUACUCGGUACAGAUCUCUCUUCACCCAUCGUGGAUCCCAACACGAAAGAGAAAGACGGCGUCCACCCGCCAGCAAAAGCUGCACAGCUACUGCUGCAAGCAAUCGGUAAGAUGGGCAUUGACGACGGUGGCAAGUUCAUCGAUUUUGCCGGCAAGGAGAUCCCAUGGUAG